CAGCAUUAGUGGCUGCAAUGAGCCUGUUUUGCACUGCACAGCUUUUCAAAUCGGGGUUGCAGGCUUGACACUGCCACUGUUAAAACCUCAUUGAGUUCGGGGCUGAGCUGCCUUGACGCGAGUGUUUCCCGGUGAAUGACACAUUGUGUCCAAUGCGCAUUUGGCGCAACCCUCUUUAUUAGAGCCUGCAGCCCGUUUCUUGACUUUGAGGAAACUGUCCAUUAUCUUGAACAGCUCAUCAGCAGUGGCUCUAUAUUUUAUGUAUUUGCAAAACAGCAAAUCCUCGCACAGUGACUCGCCAUUCACAAAGCUUCCGCUUAGCCCCGCCCCCAUUAGUUACUGUUGCUGUCUGUCAAACUUUCGCUCCUACCUAGAAAUGUAAAGCAUACAGGAAAAAUAAGUAAUUUACAUUUAUCUAUAUAGCGGAUUUCACAGACAGAAUCACAAAGUGAUUUCCAGUGUGUAUAGAAAAUGAAAGCAUAGUAAAAAAAAAAAUCAAAGAAUAUAAUAAUAAAAAAAUAAAAAAAAUAAAAGUGAAAUUUCCUCCCGUUCCUCGCGCCCCACCUGUCAUGUCUCUAUUCCCCACCAGUGGGGUGCGCCCCACACUUUGAGAAACGCUGGCGUAACUGUAGAAACUGAGGCCGGGUCUCCUAAUGAUGUCCCCAAGAGGUAGCAUGUAAAAAUUAAAAAGAAAGGGACCUAAAAUUGAGCCUUGGUGAACCUCACACCUUAUUUCAUUAUUUCAACAGUACCAUAUGUGGACCAAUACGCACUGUCCUACAUAAUCAAAUAAUUUGAUUGGACUUCAAGAUGUAGACACCCUUUUCUCGUUUUGAUGAAUUGAAUCCUUAUUAAACCAAACUUGUUGAGUCCUUCUGUUGCACACAAGCAAUUUGCAUCUUCUAAAAAUAGACCCAACUAAAGCCUCUUAAGUUCAGACCGCAUAAGUUGCCAACAAAUCCCUGAAGAUAGUGGUGCCUUUAAUGCGCCAAGAGGCGAGGGAUGCUCGCAGGUGCUCGGCGGGUACUCUCUGGUGCCUGGACGAUGGGGACAAGAGGAGAAAAGGUCUAGCGGGGAAGGUAGGGCCUCCGCCAUGAGUGAGCUGCGGGUGGAAGACUUGGUGGCCAACACGGCCUACCUGAGAGCUCAGCAGAUUGACCCGAGCGCGUUGAGGAAGGAGAGGCUCUCCCUGAGUCUUCCUCAGCCAAAGAGCCGCUCAGCUCUGCGUGAGGCCGUAGGGACGCGGUACGAUUCGCUGUGCGAGCAGCAGCCCAUCGGCAGGAAGUUGUUUCGGCAGUUUCUCCUCACCUCUAACCCCAAGUACUCCGCCGCCUUCGAGUUCCUGGAGGAGAUGAGGGGUUUGAGCUUUGCUGAAGAUGACGUGAGAGCAACAGCUGUGCAGAACCUCCUCGAGCAGUCCAAGAGUUUUCUCCCGUUCCUCACGGGAGAGCUCGCGGAAACAUGCAAUUGCUUACCGGUCAAGUACUUGGACGAAGCCUCGGUGAGCAAGAUGAAAGAAGCCACCAGAGACUUCCUGAGGGGGAAACCUUUCUGUGAGUACCUGAGGAGUCCGUUCUUUUACAGGUUUCUGCAGUGGAAGGAGUUUGAGAGACGGAAGAUCAGCGACAAAGACUUCUAUCAGUUUCGGACGUUAGGGAAAGGUGGUUUUGGUGAGGUGUGCGCGGUGCAGGUGAAAAUAUCCGGACAGAUGUACGCCUGCAAGAAGCUGGACAAACGAUGUUUGAAGAAGAAAUGUGGCGAGAGGUUGGCCCUGUUGGAGAAGAAGAUCCUGGAGAAGGCCAACAGUCUUUUCAUCGUGAACUUGGCCUACGCCUACGACAACAACACCCACCUGUGCCUGGUCAUGGACCUGAUGAACGGAGGAGACCUCCACUUCCACAUCUACAAGCUGGGAGAGCGAGGUAUCCGUAUGGACCGCGUGGUUUACUACGCCGCUCAGAUGACCAUGGGCGUCCUCCACCUGCACGCCAUGGACAUCGUGUAUCGCGACUUGAAGCCAAAGAACGUGCUGCUGGACGCCCGCGGUCAGUGUCGACUGUCUGACCUCGGAUUGGCUGUCGAGCUGCCAAAAGGGAAAACCAUUUGCCAAAAGGCUGGGACAACUGGUUACAUGGCUCCUGAGAUUCUGAGGCAGCAGUGCUACAGCACGUCCGUGGACUGGUGGGCUCUGGGCUGCUGCAUCUACGAGAUGGUGGCCGCUCGCCUGCCUUUUCGAGACUUCCGUGAAAAGGUGCAGGAGAGCGAGUUGACUCGCCGCACGCUGGAAGAUGAGUGCAAGUUUGAAGACAAGGGUUUCGAACGCUCAACCACUGACCUCAUCCGGGGCUUCCUGAAGAAGAAGGUGCAAUAUCGCCUCGGGUGCCACGGCGAUGACCCCCGAGAACACGCCUUUUUCAACAGCAUCAACUUCCGGCGCCUGGAGGCGGGGCUGCUGGAGCCCCCCUGGGUGCCAAAGCCCGACGUGGUGUACGCCGAAGACCGCGACGACCUCCAGGACGCGUCGGAAGCCCCGGACAUUGAACUCGACGCCAAGGACGAGAAAUUCUACCGGGAGUUCAGCACAGGCGCGGCGUCCCUCGCGUGGCAGAAGGAGAUGAUUGACAGCGGCCUGUUCGACCAACUCAACAGUCCAGAGGUGAACGGUCACGUGAUGGCAUGGAAAUCUAAAAUGUGCGUCAUUUUGUAAACAAAAUUAGCCUUAAACGUCCUUGUGAAACACAGUA